AGUUAAGCAUUUUAUUUGUUACCGUUGAGCAACAUUUGUUUGCAUACUUCUGAACUCAUUUGUUUGCCAUACCUUUUCUGCCAUUCGCAAAUGAUUAUUGCUGUGAACCACCUCUAGAAGAUAGGCGAUUCUUCUAGUGAAGUACGGUUGUAACACUAUGUGGAGUAUAGGUAUAUAAUUUCGUUUCUGCGAACAUGGUCGACAGCUUGGAGCAGCUGCAGCGGCGGGAGCAGGAGCUUGCGGAACUGCGCAACAGGACACUUCAGUCUUUGGAGCAGCAGCUGGCCACCCGAGAGCAUGAGCUUGUUGCGCUGACACAGCAGUUCGAGGCCCUUAAAGCCGACUUCACCUACAACUUGGAUCUGCUACGUCAGCGGGAUGAGGAGCUCGCGUCGUAUGACGAAGCUGCCGUACAGCAUCAGGCCCAUGAGGCGGCGCUGCGGGGCCGGGUAGCGGAGCUGGAGGCGCUGGCGGGCAGCUUGCAGUCAGACCUAGCCGCCGCCCGCGCCGCCUCCGAGCAGCAGCAGUUCCUACUGUCCGCGCAGCGCUCCGAGCUGGCGGCGCUGCGGGAGGAGGAGCGGCUGGGGCGUGCGGAGGCGGCGCUGCGGCAGCGGGAGCAGGCGGAGGCGGCCAGGAGGGGGAUGCAGCGCGAGUUGGAGGAGGUGCGGGAGGCGGCUGAGCGGCAGCGCGUCGCCCUGCAGGCCGCGCACCAGCAGCAGCUGCAGCGGGCGGAGGAGGAGCUGGCGGAGGCGAAGCAGGCCGCCUCCGCCUCCGCCCGUCUAGCGGAGCAGCGGCAGCGGGAGCUGCAGGAAGCAGCGGAGAGGGAG